AAAUUCUCAGUGAAGUUGCAGAGGAACGGGUGCCUCGGUGCAUCACUCGCUUUCUCUCUCUCUCUCUCUCUCUCUCUCUCUCUCUCUCUCGUGCGCGCGCUCUCUCUCUAUCUCUCGUUCAUGUGGAGCAAUCCUCAAGCUAGGCGGAUAUCUCGUUCAAUACGAACAGCAAUCUGUUAACGCCGGGAAGCCAUUGCUGUAGGACGGGGAAGGAUGAGGAGGGCAGGGGACAUGUUCGGGAGGAGAGGAGGUGGAGUGGGAGGGCAGCGGCAUCUGAAGCAAUUGAGCGGCGGGAUGAAGGUUCUUGCGGGCCGAUUGUCGGUGGCGCUUAUCGUCCUCCUGAUCUGCACGAUCUCUCUCUUCUCCACCAUCAAGGAAACGGGCUUGAGCUCCCCACCAGAGAUUGAUGUGAAUAAGCUCUGGAGAACCGCUGCUUCUGAUGGUUGGAGGCCAUCAUCUGCCCCAAGGUCCAACUGGCACCCUCCUCCAGCUGAAAGCAAUGGGUACUUGAAGGUUCGUUGUAAUGGCGGCCUAAAUCAACAGCGGACUGCGAUAUGUAAUGCUGUUCUUGCUGCACGAAUAAUGAAUGCUACACUUGUGCUUCCUGACCUGGAUGCCAAUUACUACUGGCACGACGAGAGUGGCUUUUCAGAUAUCUAUGAUGUUGAGCAUUUUAUUUCAUCUCUUAAGUUUGAUAUACGGGUCGUGCACAGUCUGCCAGAAAUUGCUUCUGGGAAAAAGAAAAAAAAGCUGAAGCCUUUUCAGCUCCGUCCUCCUAGGGAUGCUCCAGUCAGUUGGUAUACAACAGAUGCAUUGGAGAAGAUGAAGGAGCACGGUGCUAUUUAUCUGACUCCCUUUUCACACAGAUUGGCAGAAGAGAUUGAUCAUCCAGAAUACCAGCGACUUAGAUGCAGAGUCAAUUUUCAUGCUUUAAGGUUUAAGCCAAAUAUAAUGAAACUGAGCAGUGCAAUUGUGAAUAGGCUUCGUGCACAGGGCCACUUUAUGUCAAUACAUCUACGUUUUGAAAUGGAUAUGCUUGCCUUUGCUGGAUGCUUGGACAUAUUUAACCCUGAAGAACAAAAGAUCCUGCGGGAAUAUCGACAGAAAAAUUUCGCCAACAAAACUCUUGUUUACAGUGAAAGAAGAGCCAUUGGGAAGUGUCCAUUAACUCCUGAAGAGGUCGGGCUAAUUUUGCGUGCUUUGGGAUUUGACAACUCCACCCGGAUCUAUCUGGCUGCUGGUGAGUUGUUUGGUGGUGAUCGCUUCAUGCGCCCUCUGAGGACUAUGUUUCCCCAUCUUGUGAACCAUGGCAGCAUUGCAACUCCGGAGGAAUUGGCUGCCAUGAAUGAAGAUGGUCAUGGCUUAGUUGCAUCUGCUGUAGAUUAUAUGGUGUGCCUUCUGUCAGACAUCUUCAUGCCCACCUAUGAUGGCCCAAGCAACUUCGCCAACAACUUGAUGGGUCAUCGCCUGUACUAUGGUUUUCGCACUACCCUCCAACCAGACAGAAAAGCACUUGCACCUGUUUUCAUUGCUCGGGAAGAGGGCCGCUCUAGCCAGGCUGAAUUUGAAGCAUCUGUUAGGAAGGUCAUAUUCAGAAGUCACUUUGGUGGGCCGCAUAAGCGCAUAAGCCCGGAGUCGUUCUACACAAAUUCAUGGCCAGAGUGUUUUUGUCAGGUUUCGCCAGCAAAUCCAGGAGACAAGUGCCCAUCAGACAAUGUUAUUGAUGAUCUUAAUAGCCAGUUGAAGAAUGAAGAAAACACUGUUAGGGCAGUUGCAGGGGAGGGUGAAACUGAAGGUUCAUAGAGGCAGGCCAAGAAGGAAGAACAAUAGACGAAACAUGAUGGGAAUGGUUUUGUUGCAGCUUGGGCGAAUUGAAUUAAUGGGUAGUUUUGCACAAACCGUACGAAGUGGAUACCAACUCAGCUAAAUUCUAGACAUCUAGAUGGGGAUUCUUUUCCCGUGGAGGUUGUUGCAAGACAGUUAACCCUGUCCAGCGAAUGUAAGGGGUUUGGGAGAUUGAAGAUGAUAAAAUUUAGAUGAAUGAGUCGUAGCAUUUGUAAACAAAAAAAAAAAAAAACAAAGUAGCAACAAAGAGAUCUAAUGAGAUCUCAAUCAUCCUGUGCAUCCUGAAUUGUCUUUCAUGCAUUACCUA